AUGGCUGAAAAUAGCGGCGAGAAGGGCGGCGAGAAGAGUGCAGAGGCUCAGCAGGCCCAGCAGGCCGCCGCGGAGCCAUCGAGGAAGACCAGUGGGGACGAUUCCGAGGCCCCUGCAAAGUCUUCCUCGACCAUCCCGUCCCCGGGGUCCGAUAACGGACGGAGAGGACGGUCGAGGACGCGUGUACAUGGCUCACGGCCUUCGGAGGAUAUGGCGAGUCGCAAGGGCUACCAUGCGCUCAUGUCGUCGUUCGGCAAGGUAUUCCACGUCGAGAAACGGUGGAAGCUCAUCCGCGAGCUUGGCUCCGGGGCGUACGGCUUUGUGAUCUCGGCGGCGGACGACAUCUCCGGGGAGCCCGUCGCGAUCAAGAUGGUGACCCGUGCGCUGGAGAAGGUCGCGCUCGCGAAACGCGUCCUGCGCGAGAUCACGCUGCUCCGCCACUUUGCGCACGAGAACAUCACCGGGCUAAUCGACGUGGACUGCUCGCCGGACCUCAGCGAAAUGCAUGUGUUCCUCCUCGCGCACUCGCGCCAUAUGCCAUCGGAUUUACACCAGAUUAUCAAGUCGGGACAGGCUCUGACCAACGAGCACGUCCAGUACUUCGUGUACCAGGUCCUCCGAGGCAUGAAGUAUAUCCACUCGGCUUCGGUAGUUCAUCGAGAUCUCAAGCCGGGCAAUCUGCUUGUCAACGCCGAUUGCGAGCUGAAGAUUUGCGAUUUUGGCCUCAGCCGCGGGUUCAAUUCUGCACCGGACGAGAACCCGACCCUCAUGACUGAAUACGUCGCUACGCGGUGGUACCGAGCGCCGGAGAUCAUGCUUGUAUACAAGGCAUAUAACACGGCAAUCGAUGUGUGGUCAAUAGGUUGCAUUAUGGCAGAGUUGAUGAUGGGGAAGCCGCUGUUCAAGGGCAAGGACUAUGUCGAUCAGCUGAACAAAAUUUUGGACGUCCUCGGAUCUCCGGAAGAUGCAGUAAUAACUCGAAUAGCAAGUCCCAAGGCUCAAGCCUACAUCCGGUCAUUACCCAUCAAGAAAAGGGUCCCUUUCGAGAAACUCAUCCCGACCGCCGAUGCCCAAGCUAUCGACCUCCUAACCAAGCUCCUGCAGUUUGAUCCUGCCGCUCGCAUCACCGUAGCAGAAGCUCUAGAACACCCCUGGCUAUCCGCAUACCACGACGUCAGCGAUGAACCCGCAUGCGCCGCGCCAUUCGAGGGCUGGAGGCAGAUCGAAGAGCUCGAAACGCUGCCGCAGUUCCGGGAAGCGAUCUACAACGAGAUCCAUGACUACCGCAAGGAGGUCCGGAGCAUCUACUUCGACGUGGAUGAGCCAGCGGCGGAUCGGAGUCCGAGCAUCCGACGCCCAAGGGAGGUCCUAUCGCCACCGCCUAUCGAGGAGGGCGAGUCUCCUCCGCCACUGCCCGAGUCUCCCACCGCGGCUGGCAGCAGCACGCUGUCAUCAGAAGCAGCAGAAGCAGGCAAGAGCAAGCCCGUGUCUCCAGAGACGAGCACCCUUCCUUUACCUACAGAGUCUUCCACGACCUCCACCAUCGCAGCCCCUGGCACGGAAGGCGCGAUACCCCGCGAACGGCCUGCAGAGCCCCGCCCACAAGGGGGCGACCCCGUGUACACCUACGUCCGGCGGUCAAGCUUCAUGCAGCCAUCACGCACAAGCUCGACCUACUCCACCUUCCGCUCCCGGCACUCCGUCGCGUACCCGCCCGAAAACCGCAGUUCGCUCGAACGCGCCGUCGGGCUCGGCUCUGGGAUGCCCACGGGCACGGGCACGGGGACGAGCGCAAGCGGCGAAAGCACGAUCGCGUUCCCGACGCAACCGCAGGAGUACGUCGUGCCCGCACGGACGCGAACGGCGUCGAUGUUCGGGGACGGAGCCGCGAGCCGGCGGCUGCUGCGCACGCUUUCGACGGUGUCGAUUUACGAGAGCGGAGAGGGCUUCGCGGGAGGGCUGGCGGACAUCGCGCCGAUCGGGCGGUACAUCGUAGAGCGUGACGAGGGGCUGCCGUCGGAGAUGCCGCACGAGCUCGAGAGCCCGCCUCAGCCGCUCGCGCUGUCGCAGACGCAGUCGCCGACGUCGCAAGGGAGCGGCUCGGGGUCGGGUUCGGAGGGCAGCAAGAAGGAGCGUGCGCGGUUCCACAUACAGGAGUAG